UUUAGCGCAACACGCAUGUUAUUAAUAAAGUAGAGGGCUCCUUUUGGGCUCUUUCGGAAGGUGGAGUCCGCGUGUUUUGGGCUCGUUUUGAGGUAGGAGCUAUAUAGUGCGCGGGAAUGCAAACGCGGCCCUGGCAAGACUCACGGACUGGCCGCCGAACAGUUCCAGCGCCGACACCUGCAGGGUCUCGUCGCUCACUCGUGGUAGGUAACUCUGUGAACUUAGCACAUCGCAUUUCGGCAGCGGGGCACCUCAGGUAGGUUGUUAGAGUUAAGUUCAUGUUAUUAGAUUUGUUGUUUAAUUGUUUACGAUAAAUACAUGUGACGCUUUUCGCUGCGCCAUUGUUGUCAUUGGUGGCGGAGAAUGCUAUAAUUAUUAUCUCAACAGUCCACGAACAAUGGAAAAAGGGUUGGGAACGAAAGAGAUGAUGGUGAUUGGAGGAGUAGCUAACAGUCGUGUAGCCAAGUGUGAAAUACUUUUUUGGAGGACUCAGUACGAGGCCUCAGUACGAGUGCGAUGCUGACUUAGAAAAGGAAGCAGAACCUAUAAUUUUACCCCCUCUUCUACUUCUCGCAGUAGGUUCGUACGGGAGAACACUGAUUCAAAGGCUACACAGACAUUGCUCAUCAAGCCCAAACUCAAGCCCAAACUCAAUCCCGGGACACUAGUCAAGAGAAUGGUUGUUGCCCUCACAAUAACAAGGCUGAGAUCAGACCUUAAAACGAAGCUACGGAGAAAGAUCUGCACGCCGGCAGCACUAGGAGCGGCAGCGAUAGUCGUGAUGCUGCUGGUAGUAAAAGUGAAGCUGCUACAGCACCGUAACCACUUCAGUGCUCCCCUUCGCAGUGCGUCCCAGCUUACCGCUUCCCUUGCCUCUGCCUCCCCGCAGACCAAUGGCAGCUCGGAAUUGUUUCUCAUGAGUAGUUUUUGUGUUGGGAAAAUCUGUAAAGGAACCAUACCAAAGAAAGAGGAUACUGGUGCCCUGACGGAGUACGCUGAUGAAGCAAAAGACGCGACCGACGAGGACUUUCAGUUGCCCACCAGACCUCGCGCCAGGAACCAGGACUUGUACCAGAAGGACGCCAUUCAGCAGCUGAACAGCACGUGGACGGAGGAAGCGCGGGCGGCAUGGAUGGCGGUGCUGCAGAAGCGGCGGGACAGGAUGAGAAAGGCGUGUCGCAGCGCCAAGCUUACCGUGGCCCUCCCCUUUGAUUCUGACUUAGCUUUGCGCCAAAGCCUGGUGUGGGUCAUUACGCACCGCCUCGUCUGGUGCCCCAUCUUCAAGGCGGGCUCUACAACGUGGGUGAAGAACUUGCUGCUGGCUUCAGGCACGGGGGUGAAAAAAAUGAGUCUCCACUUACAGCUGCGGCAGUUGUACCCGCCGCCUGCCUCCGCCGCAGAGCAGGAGAGGAUUCUCAAAAACUCCAUCAGGAUGAUCGUCGUCCGCCACCCCUUCGAGCGGCUCCUGUCCGCCUACCGGGACAAGAUGCUCCGGGUCAAGGGCGCAAGUGAUCCCUACUACAUAAUGCAGCAAAAGGUUGCCCGCGAAUACGGGGACACAGACACACGGCCGGUGCCCUACACGGCGGCGGAGCUGAAGAAGGCAUCCAAAGGUCGUCACAGUUCCACUGGUCUCGUCCACCCGAGCUUCACGCAAUUUCUUAAGAAAGUCCGUGACGACAUGAGGAAUUUAUGGAAGAGGAACGAUCAUGUCAACAAUCACUGGCAGCCGUUCUGGGUCGCUUGCAAGCCCUGUGACCUGGACUAUGACGUCAUUGCCCACGUGGAGACCCUCGCCGAGGACCAGGAGUUUGUCAUCCGGGAGCUGGGCCUCCAGGACCUGCUGCGGCCCGCCCACACCCACGCGUCCAGGUUUGACGGCUACAACGAUACGAGCGAGGCGGCCGAGUCUUACUUCAGGAAGGUGCCGCUGGAGUUGAUCGAGUCCCUGGCAAAACUUCUCCGCCCGGACUUCGAGAUGUUCGGGUACUCCCCCCACAAGUACUUCGCCAUGGCCACCCAGCGACAAAAUAACACCACAAGCUGACCUGCCGACCUGUGCUCCGAUCAGCAUGGGAGCUUGUUUAUAAAUACCUCCCCCUGAUAGAUAUAGAAGCUGCCUGUGCCUUAGGUGCUGAAAUGUCAUAAGAUUUUGUAACCUCGUAUCACAAAAGUAAAGGAACGUAGAAAGAAAUAGCGCAGCCAGUCGUUCUUCUGACAUCACUGAGGAUUGAUUUGCACGAUUGCUCUUUGCUCAUUUCUGUACGAUAGAAACAUAGCUAGGCUUUUGGCUGUUAAUUUAUUUUAUUGGAGUAAAAACUGGGCAUUAAUUAUCUUGAAUGUAUAGAUCAACUUGUAAUUGAAUAGGUUUACAUGAAUCAACAGUACUCUCUCUCUCUCUCUCUCUCUCUCUCUCUCUCUCUCUCUCUCUCUCUCUCUCUCUCUCUCUCUCUCUCUCUCUCUCUCUCUCUCAUCUGGUCGCUGUGAUGGUACGCCAUUUGUUACUUUUGUUCGCCUUGACAUUUGAUCCCUUAUUAUCGAACAUGUGUGUGUGUGUGUGUGUGUGUGUGUGUGUGUGUGUGUGUGUGUGUGCAGGGGCAAGUCCAGGUGCCCAUCAUGGAGGGAAGGGAUAACCAGUGCUGUAGUCAUGUUUUCCUUCUUUUAAGGUUCAAAAUCAGAACGUUAAAGGAUGGUGGACAAAGCGAACAUAUAAACUGGAUAUGAGGAGAUAUUGGUUCAUGAAAGAAUGUCCUU